AUGUUAAUAUCAAUGAAUAUUCGAUCAAUUCUGGGUGAUUUGUACAACCAAUCUUUUGAUUCAUCAUGGUGUAUUUUUUCAGGAUAUUUGGCUAUUAUAUUGCUCAGUAUGUUAUACAUGAAUUUUCUUAAUCAGGCAUUUUAUCGUCUUAUCCGAAUUGCUUAUUCUCAAAAUCGACGGCUUCAGUCUUUAAAAUUAUAUGUAAUGUUGCCAAUUAUAGAAUUAAUAAUAGUAACACCUAUUCUUCUAAGUGUUCUUAUACCUGUGAAUGCUGUUAUAUAUUUACCACAUGAUCACUUUUGUAAUACAUCAUCCACAAAUAUUCCUGGUGUUCUCUGGGCAGCAUUUGUUGGUUAUAUGUGUCCACUUUGUUGUAUAUCAUUUAUUUAUAUGUAUAUAACAAGAUUUAUUCGUCAACAAGGAAAUAUUCAAAUAUUAAUAAUAAAGCAAAGACAAUCUCGAGAUUUACUUAUUAUUAAGCGUAUUUUAAUAAUAGUUAAUUUAUUACUUAUUCUUGGAAUACCUGGAAUGGUUCUUACAUUUAUGUUUAUAAUAACAGGUGUAGAACAUCCAUUACUUACUCGAAUUACAUAUUUUCCAGUUAGCGUAUCUCAAAUGGGAUUGAGUGUAGCAUUACUUUUUUCAAUUCCACAACUGAAAAAUAUUGUUCUAAACUUACUAACAACAAAAACAAGGACUCCUGUCAAUCAAAUCGUGCGAGGCACAGUACAAAUGAAAACGAUUACUCGUACUCAAUAA